AUGGCAUACUCAGAAAAUGAUAAAUCGCUUAUAGAUUUUUAUACAUCAAUGUUAACUCUUCAUCAAGAAGCCCAAAACAGAGUUAAUAGUGUUUUUGAGGGUCUUAAACAUGAAGCAAUGACUCUUCUGCACAAAUCACUUUUUUCUCGGCCAAAAUUGAUGCAUUUUGAAAAUGAGGAUUUAAAAGAAAGCAUUAAUCAAAGCACGAAAAAUGUAGUAAAAGAAAGCAAGAAAGACAAAAAAGAUUAUAAUGCAAAUAAAGAAUAUGGAUUAAUAAAGAAAGAAAAUGAAGAAAAUGAGGAAAAAAGAUGAAAUAAAGAAAGUAAAGAAUACGAAGAAAUAAAAGAGUUUAAAGAAAAUGAAGAAUGUAUAGUAAAUAAAACCAUUGAAGAUGAUAAAGCCACUAUGGCGCCUAAUUCGUUACCAGUAAAAAGGCUAAGAGAAGCCCCUGAAGAAGAGGUAUAUCAUCAAUUCUUAGAUGAAUACAAACCAAAAAUUGCAGAACGCAAAGAAAUGAUUUGCAAGCUUUACUCUUCUAAUGUCUCUCCAAAACUCAUCGGAAGGCUCCUCAGCUUAUCUGUAAACGCAAUUCACAUUAUCGGAGACUGGAAACAAGUUUCCCUAAAAAUUGCUCAAAGAAAUCGAGAAACCCGUCAAAAACUAAAAAAAUUAUUAUCAGACGGCCACCCAUUCCAAGAAGUAGUUAAGCAUUCUGGCUUAAACAACACAACAGCAAGCGUCAUGCUAGAUGAUUACCCUAUAUGCAUUGUAAUUAAAUCUCCAGAAGAAAAGAAAAAUUUUAUAGAAAAAGCAGUUAAUAAUUGUAUUUCAAAGAAAUUAUUAGCAAGAGUCACCAGAAUACAACCUUCCAAGAUUUAUACAUGAGCGAACCAUUUGAAUAAUGAUGAAGAUUUUAGUGAUGAGGAAUGCAUUGAAGAUAAAAGUGGAGAAUAUAGCAGGGAAACUAUAAGAAAAACUAUCUAUGAUUAUUAUCUUAAUAAUUCGAUAGAAGGGGCUGCUGAAAGAAAUGGGGUCUCAAAUCUUGUGAAAAUUGAAGAGUGGAUUAGGAAUUUAGAAAAUCUUAAAAAGCAUAGAAGAGAUGAAAAUGGCUUUGAAUAA